AUGACGCCCGGCUCAGAUUACAUACCGCCCCGGCGAAUCGGAGAGUUGACGUCUGAAGGAAGAGCGGAAUACGAGCAUGAUAUCAGGAUCUACUCUCUAAAAGAAACAGCGUAUAGAGAGACGAAGAAACAGGAGCAGAAGCUGGUCGAGUUUAUCCUCAAGACGGUCUCGGCCACGUAUCAGAAAACAUCCUGCGUCACAGGAGACCGAUUAGACAAGUGGUAUCAGGAGCUACAAAGAUCUGGAGUAGUAUACAACGAACGCCUUCGACCCAAAGCGCGCGACAAGUACCACAAAGCCGUACAUACAGCCCCGAAGAUCAACAAACUCAACGAGUAG